AUGACGCUGAAACUGUGUUUACUCCUGAGCGACCACGCCACGCAAAGGGAGAGGAGUUUUAAACGAAACAGCGAUGAAGAGCACGCUAUUUACACUUUAGACGUCUCUUCGCAGCAAGAGGGAGAAGACUUUCAGAUCCCACAUCUCAGCGUGCUGUCCCAGCCCCAGAGCGCGGUGGCAGCCGGACAGCCGAGCCUGACCCCGCUGGGCCCGUCCCUCGCCCCCCGCCCCGCGCACACCGCUCCCGUCCCGCCGCUCCGCCGGGGGAGGCGCGGGCAGCGCAGGGCGCUGUGGACAGCCCGGCCCCCGGCUCGGCUCUCCCGCUGUGCCCGCGGUCCCCUCUCACCCGUGCCGCCCCUCCCGGCUCCGCAGUCCCCGCUCACCUGUGCCGCCCCUCCCGGCUCGGCUGUCCCGCGGUGUCCCCUCACCUGUGCCGCCCCUCCCGGCCCGGCUGUCUCGCGGUGUCCCCUCACCUGUGCCGCCCCUCCCGGCCCGGCUGUCCCCCCGGUGUCCCCUCACCUGUGCCGCCCCUCCCGGCCCGGCUGUCUCGCGGUGUCCCCUCACCUGUGCCGCCCCUCCCGGCCCGGCUGUCCCCCCGGUGUCCCCUCACAGAUGCCGCCCCGGCCCCGCUCUCGCGCCGCCCCUCGCGCUCAGCUGACUCACGCGGGGGCGCGGGGCGCGCAGGGGGCGGGGCCAGAGCCGGCACGCGCGCCGACGGGUCCCCGCCCGGGACAAAAGAGGCAGAGACGGGAGCGACACGUGGGUGCGUGUCCCGGGGAGCUCGAGGCGCAGACGGAGAGCUCGGAACGGCCCCCACGGGUGGCGGGUCAGGAGCGGGAACGGCUCCGCAAACCCCCCCCGCUCAGCUACUGCUGUAAGCGGGGACACCGCAGCUUCCCGAGGGGCCGAUCUACAGCCUCCCCUCGGGACAAGCCUGAUCUGAAUAGGUGUGUCAGCACAUCGGACAACAUGGGAGACACGCUGUGUGUAAGUGCUGUCAGACCAGGAUGCUGCAGCUGCUGUUCAGAGAGAAGGGGCUCCCAACACGUCCAAGGCCUUCAGCAUACGGAAGCAGCGACUAGAGCAGAGCUGUCAGAUGUAACCAGAGAAUCCCUUUUUCUAUCCUCACUGCAGUCCCCGAAGCUCCACACCCUCCAGAGUUGGAGGUGCAGGACACAGAGGCCUUGGAGUUACACUGAUCCUUCCCAGGAGCAGGAUGCUGUGGAGAGGUUCAAAUGGCAGAGACAAGGCAUCCCAUUGGGAGCUGCCACAUCCUAUGUACAUCUAGAGAAGCUAUGUGAAGGAUCCUGUGCAACUGUGUACAAGGGGAUCAGCAGGAUCAACGGCCAGUUGGUGGCAUUGAAAGUGAUCAGGCUGGAGACAGAGGAGGGAGUGCCCUUUACAGCCAUUCGAGAAGCUUCUCUUCUCAAGGGUUUGAAACAUGCCAACAUUGUACUGCUUCAUGACAUUAUCCAGACCAAGGAGACACUAACAUUUGUCCUUGAGUACAUGCACACAGAUCUAGCACAGUACAUGGGCCAGCAUCCUGGAGGACUCCAUUCAUGCAAUGUUAUGCUCUUCAUGUUCCAGCUUUUGCGCGGCCUGGCUUACAUCCACCAACAACACAUUCUUCACCGGGAUCUGAAACCCCAGAACUUGCUCAUCAGUUGCCUCGGUGAGCUUAAAUUAGCCGACUUUGGCCUUGCUCGUGCCCAGUCCAUCCCCAGACAGACAUACUCCUCUGAAGUGGUGACACUCUGGUACCGUCCUCCUGAUGUGUUGCUUGGAGCUACAGAUUAUUCUUCUGAUAUAGAUAUUUGGAGUGCAGGCUGUAUAUUUGUUGAAAUGAUCCAUGGUCAGCCAAUAUUUGCAGGAACUUCUGGUACUCGUGAACAGCUGGAGAAGAUCUGGAUGGUAUUGGGGGUCCCAACUGAGGACACCUGGCCAGGACUUUCCAAGCUCCCCAACUAUAACCCAGAACUGGUUGCUUCCAGGAGACCUCAGAGACUCCGAGUCAUCUGUAACAGGCUGAGCAGGGUGCCAGCAGCAGAGAAUUUGGCCUCCAGGAUGCUUACAGCCUUCCCUCGGGGCCGAAUCUCUGCACAAGACGCGCUUCUACAUGGCUUCUUCAGCCCUCUGCCUCCUCAACUCUGUGAGAUUCCUGCUGGACAAUCAGUGCUCACAGUUCCAGGAGUGAGACUGCAACCUGAAAUCUGUGACCUGUUUGCUUCUUACCGAAAAGGCCAGCUCUCAGGAGGUUCGAGCAAGUUCUGGUAGAAAGUAGGGAUGACUAACUGAUUCUUGGAAACCAAUGUCAGAAAGAUUGACUUGGCAACGAAGAUGUAACAGCACAGUCUGGACACUGGACUUGCAGAAUAUACUCAGCCAUGUGUCACUUAAUAGAGAGAUCCCUGGACCAGAAGAUCGAUGUACAAACAGGACAGAUGGGGACUGACAAUUGAAAGAAUGUAGAGGCUGAUCCAAGGCUUAUCGAGACCUGUCAUUCCUGGGUUUGCCUACAAUCUCCUUCAACAAAAGAGCUCCUGAGGGAAGGAGGGGAUUAGUCGAA